UAAUUACAUAAAUUUAAUUAUAAUUAAAUUGAACUAAACAAUGAAAAUAUCCAGAUUCAAAAAGUCUCACAAGACUUUGGUGUUUUUCGCCACCAACUUUGACUAUCGGGAGCCCUACCAGGUGCUGGUGGAUGCCACGUUCUGCCAGGCGGCGCUGCUGCACAAAAUUGGCAUUGACGAGCAGAUAAGGAAGUAUUUCCAAUGCAGUGCCAAGCUGCUGACCACCCAGUGUGUGAUUCUCGAGGCGGAGGCACUGGGCGCACCACUGACAGGAGCCACAACGAUUGUCAAGAAGUUCCAUGUGCACAAAUGCGGACACGAGGGCAAGCCUGUGGCAGCCGCUGAAUGCAUCAAAUCAAUGACCAAAGACAAUCGCUACAUAGUCGCCUCGCAGGAUCGCCUGCUUCAGGAGAGUCUGCGCAAGAUUCCCGGACGCUGCCUGCUUUAUCUGCACAAAGCCACACCCGUACUGGAAGCGCCCUCGAAAGCAUCCAAAAAGUGGGUGCUAAAGCAGGCCAAGGACCUCAUGCUGGGCAAGCAAGCCGCAAAGAUUGACUACAUGAAGGAAAAGCAGGGCCUAAAGCCAGCAGAAGCCACCACCAGCAGUUCAACAAAACGCAAGGGACCCAAGAAUCCCAAUCCGCUCUCCUGCAAAAAGAGUAAAAAGGAAAAGAGCAAACCGCCGCUACAAGGCGUAGAACAAACGGCGCUGACAAAAGCGAAACGGAAACGUGUCAAGAUCCCUGCCCAUGUCAAGGCAGCUCUUGGGAAAGAUUAGCUCUUAGAAUAGUUGUUUAUGUGAUUAAAGCGAGAUAAAAAGUGAGGAAAUCUUUGUC